AUGAAGUCGUUCUCGAGUUCUGCGAUCAAUAAGUCGGGCAAGAAAUUUGCGCCGAAGGCGCCCGUUCGUCGCGCGCCCGCCGCGCCGGCGCGGCGACCCAGUGCCGUUCAACAAGCCCAGGCUCAAGCUGCUCAGGCUGCACAGGCAGCGGUAAAGGAAAAAGAGAAUCCUGAGACGACUAUCGUUGAAACCACCGAUUCCCAACCAUCCGCCCUCCAAGCCCCAGAGAAAUCAACUGCUGUCGAAGAAGCACCCGUCGUGGCGGACCAGCCUCAAAAGACAGUGCAAACAGCGCCGAAGCCGACCACAUCUAUCCCAAUUCCCCAACCGAAGACCAAAGCUUCUGUCUCCGUACCAAAUUCUGUGCCAACUCCUGCUGUCGCUUUCACAGCAACCCCACCCUCCACGGCCGAUGAACCGACAUCUCCCCGCACUCUCUCCACUGAACCAACUAUUGUGCAGUCAAUAGAACACGAUGCUGAACAGACUGCUGCAAACCAGCCCGCCUUGGAAGCUCCGCAGCGCACAGAGACCGUCACCGCAGAGGCACCCUCUGCUCCAGAUUCAGGCGCCGAAUCCCAGGCAACGCCUCCUAUCUCGCUGAAAGGGGCUAAGAAAAGCUCUGAAAUUACCAAGAUGAAGAUCCAGCCACGGCCAAGGGGACCAAUCGCGACCCCUCCGGCUACUCGACGUACUAGUGAAACCCCGGCACAUUCCGUGGCGCCUUCCUCUGUUGCCCUUUCGACCCCAGAGCCAAGUCGGGCAUCUUCCAAAGGCAAACGCAAGGCUUCCAAAGCGGGAACGUCAGACGUCGAUGGCGCCGAAAAGCCGAAAAAGAUCCACCGACGAAAGCGUGAAACUACGCCUGAAGGUGCCGACACGGUAGAAAUUCUACCGAACGUUAUCAAGAUGUCAGAACUCUGCAAGGAUCUGAAGACGGGUAAAAAAUCGAAGCGCGAGAUUGCAUUACGGCGUCUAGAGGUAGAAGAGCAAGAGCGGAAGCAGAGGGAAAAGGAUGGAACACCUGCAGUGCCCCUGGCCUCCAAACCAGAGGGUCCCAAAGAACAGGAGAGACCUGAGAAGGCAAACGGUCCUGUCAUGCGUAUUGUCAAUGGCGAGAUUGUGCUUGAUGCUGCCUCACUUCAGGUGGAUCGACAUGCGGACGCAGCUCGGGACGCGGGUGAUAUGGACGUCGUGGAAGAAAACCAACUUACCCGGAAAAUCAACCAGGCCACUUAUGGCAAGCGUUCCAAGACGGAGACCUGGGAUGAGGAAAUGACGGAUCUGUUUUACCGCGGUCUCCGCAUGUUCGGCACCGAUUUUAUGGUCAUUAGCAAACUUUUCCCUGGACGAUCCCGCCGGCAAAUCAAGCUCAAGUACAACAACGAAGAGAGAAAGGAUGCUCAGCGGAUCAAUGAUGCUUUAUUUGGCCCCCGUGAGGUCAUUGGUAUCGAAGCCUACUCGCAGUUGACAAACGCAACAUAUGACGAUCCCAAGGUUAUCCAGCAAGAACUGGAUGAAGAGAAGGCGAAGAUUGAAGAACAGCACGAGAAAGAGAAGAAACUACAAGAAGAAAUGAUUCGCAAUCCCACCAAUGCUGAGGAUGAGGCUGAUGAUAAAUCCAACGCUGCACCCAUCAAGGGUAAGCGCAACAAUAAGAAGCAGAUCAAAAGUGCAGGUGGUGGAACGGAGGAGGUGCUAGGGUCUAUUGAAUAUUAG